GUUUGUUUUUUUUCUCUUCCUGAACACAAAUUUGGCAGCACCUUUGUAUUCGGCCACGUAGCUGUACGUAAGUUACUGCAAUACGGAACAGCAGCAAUGGCGGCCUCCACAAAGACUCUUUGUAAAAGCUGUCCUGGACUUUUUCUCUUUUGUAUUUUAGGCGUGUUUAUAAUAAAUUCUGUUAACAGCCACGGACAUGGUCAUGACCAUGGUCAUGCCCACGACCACGAACCAGAGCAACCUCCAUCAUUCAAAUACAGUCGUGAGGCAAAUACAAAGCCACCCAAGGCUCCAGAAAAGCCAAGCCAUCACGGGCACAGCCAUGACCACCAUGGCCAUUCACAUGAGCCUCACGGUCAUGCCCACGAACAUCCUUCUCAAAGACAUGGCCAUUCUCAUGGUGACCAUGGUCAUGCCCACAGCGAUCAUGGUCAUGCUCAUGACCACCACCAUGGUCAUGCUCAUGACCACCACCAUGGUCAUUCACAUGGCAGUCAUCAAGAUGACACUAGCCACUCUCAUGACACAAAUAUUCAUUUAAAAAAGGAGAAAAAAUCUGCCGACAACUUAAAUUCUGCAGGAGAAGAACAUGUUAAUGCUCCACCUAGUGGCAUUUGGCUUAAAGCAAUAGGAGCUACCUUGUUGAUAAGUGCAGCACCUGUUUUGAUAUUAUUGGUUAUUCCUUUACAGAAUGCUAAUGAACACCAGCAAUUACUGAAGGUCCUUCUUAGUUUUGCCUCAGGUGGUCUCCUUGGUGAUGCUUUUCUGCAUUUGAUUCCACAUGCUAUUUCCCCACAUUCACAUGGACCUGAUGAACAUGGUCACUCACACAGUGGACAUUCACAUUCAGAAAAGGGGCAUGGUCACGAAAUGGUUGUUGGACUCUGGGUCCUAACUGGUAUUGUAGCUUUUCUUAUGGUUGAAAAGUUUGUUCGUUUUGUAAAAGGAGAUGACGGUCAUCAUGGUCAUUCUCAUGGGCCACCAGCUAGUCAACAGAAAAAAGCAGUUGAUAAGUCUGCAUCAACAAAAGGUAAAGGCAAAGAGAAAGUAAGCGAUGAUGAAGAUAACAAAAGUGACAGCCGUUCAAAAAAAGGAGCCUCUGUGCCAGUUAAAAAAGGAUCAGAUAUUAAAGUUGCAGGAUACUUAAAUUUGGCUGCUGACUUUGCUCACAACUUUACAGAUGGCCUGGCCAUAGGUGCAUCAUUUUUAGCAGGACAAAACAUUGGCAUUAUAACCACAGCAACUAUUUUCCUGCAUGAGAUUCCUCAUGAAAUUGGUGACUUCGCUAUUCUUGUCCAGUCUGGAUGUAGCAAAAGAAAGGCCAUGCUUCUACAACUGACAACUGCAGUGGGAGCCAUGCUAGGCACACUUUGCAGCUUAUCAAUGGAGGGUAUUGGUGAAGCCGCCACUGCUUGGAUUCUUCCAUUCACUGCUGGAGGGUUUAUAUACAUAGCAACUGUUUCAGUAAUUCCUGAACUUUUGGAAGACACCAAGAUUGUCCAGAGUAUAACGGAGAUCAUAGCCUUGCUUGUAGGAGUCUACAUGAUGGUUAUUAUAGCAGAUUAUGAAUAGUUUCUUUUCUCUGCCAUCAGUUGUUCUUGUUAGAAACAGUACAAUCAUACCAACACUUUAUUAGUUGAUGAAAAUAAGAGAUUCGAGCUUUAAGUUGAUAUUUCGCUCAUUUUGUAUUGAGAGUUCUUUUCAUUCCACCACGGUUGUAAUCAGCAUCUCAAUUAAGUGAAAUGACUUUGCCUCCCUUUGUAGGCACACUGAAGUAGUAUAUGUUACUAGGUGCAGUGUCUGUAUAUAUUGGAGUCAUUUAAAUUUAUACUCUCUUAAUUCACCAACACAGUAGAACAAAGUGGCUGCAAUGUACAUUGAACAUCACUUGAACAUUGUGAUAUGUUAUACUACUGUUUGGAUACAGUUUUGUUACAGUUAAGCAUUAUCUUUACUGCUUCAGGUGCACAGUGUGAUUGAAAUUUUAAAAUGUUUGGUGAAUUAUAUGCUGUGUUUACGCUAUUAUGAUGGAAUUAAUUUCAGUUUCUGUAACAAAGUGAUACAUGAUAUAAAAUUGAGAUGUUUUAAAAAGUGCACAUUCUUUUUUUUUGUCUAUUGUGUUCACUAUUUUGUCAUAAAUACAUACAUUUAGGUUCUAUCUAUUACUACAGUUGUAUAACAUGCUUUUGAUUCUAUUUGUAACUUAAGUCUUACAGAUUCUAUCACUACUAUUUUAUUAUUAAUUGUUAAUUAUUUGAAAGAACUUGGAUAAAUCUUUAAAUCUUCAGUUAUCCACUACAAAUGGUUAAGUCUAAUAAGAAUAGAGAAAAAUAAAAGUCAAAUGGCAAUUAAGGAGUUUGGUAUUUAUUGAAGUAGUUCAUUAUAAUUGCUUGUUAUUUAUAACAGUUUUAAUUAAUUUUUUUUUCUGUGAUUUCUGUGUACUAAUUGUUGUUAAUUUUUAAAAUUCUUUGUUGUUUCCUGUGGGUACAGUCUGCGGUGGAGGUUUUUAUGACAUGUUUAUUUUUUCUCUCAUUCAAAUCAAUUUAUAAUAUUAAAGGAAAAAUUUGCAAAUUUUGUUUGCUUUUAUGUACCAGCAAUUUGAUGACAUUGCUGAUGCUGACCUUGAGUCUUGAUUUAAUUGUGUGUAACUUAAAGGUAAAGAUUCUAAGUUGAGUGUAUUUUUAAAUGUUCAUUAACUUCAAUGUUAUACAAGAUAAACUGGUCAGCAUUAUUGACUGGUUUUAUAUAUAUUAUAUACAGUCAAGAACAACAUUUUUUAGAAACUAAAGUUGGAACAAGUAGAUAAAUAAGUAGAUAAAUAAGACAUUUUCUUUUUAAUGCCUACUUUGUGUGACAAUAAAUUUGUUUGCAUUUAACCGUUGUAAGAUUAACAAAAGAUAUUUAGAUUUACCUGUCUGCAGGUCAGAAAAGUCCCAGUAAUAAAGUAUAACUAUCACAUUGAUCUUUUUAAAUACUUUUUUUUGUGUUUUUUGCUUUAUGUGUAUUUAAUAUUUAUAUUAGCCGUUUAUUUGUUGUUUUUUCUAAAAUAACUUUCAGUAUGAACAAAACUAAUUAAAACUUGAGCUGUCACUGUCAA